GGACGGUUAAAUUUUCGACACGUACGCAGAUAGAUACGAACAAUCUCAACUUCAACGCGUAUGGAAAUAUUCAAUAUUCAUAUGUACAUACUGAUUUCCUUUCCGUUGAUCCGAAGAACAUUGAAUCCUGGGUUUUACAGCUCCAUAAUUCUACUAAAAAAAUGAAUAUAUUCUCCAAAAAACCUACUGCCAAAGAGGCGCUUCGGGAGAGUAAGAGGGAAAUGGCAAAUGCUACUAGAGGUGUAGAGCGGGAAAUCCAUGCAUUGCAAUUAGAGGAAAAGAAACUUGUUGCUGAGAUAAAGAGAACUGGGAAAACUGGGAAUGAUGCAGCCACUAAAAUUCUUGCACGCCAACUUGUCAGGCUUCGACAACAAAUAGCCAACUUACAAGGUAGCCGAGCUCAGAUGAGAGGCAUAGCUACUCACACCCAGGCAAUAUCUGCUCAUUCGUCUGUUGCUGUUGGUAUGAAAGGUGCUAACAAAGCAAUGUCAGCCGUGAACAAGCAAAUGGAACCUGCAAAGCAGGCAAAGAUGAUUCAAGAAUUUCAGAAGCAAUCGGCACAAAUGGAUAUGACUACGGAAAUGAUGUCAGACACCAUAGAUGAUGCUUUGGAUAAUGAUGAAGCUGAGGACGAAUCGGAAGAGUUAACGAACCAGGUGCUGGACGAAAUUGGUGUAGAUAUUGCCUCACAGUUGUCAGCCGCUCCCAGAGGAAAAAUUGCUGGGAAGAUGACCGAGGAUGUUGGAAGUUCGGGGACUGACGAAUUGGAGAAGAGAUUGGCUGCCCUCAGAAAUCCUUGAGCCACGUGCGUUGUGAAUUGUCAAUGUUGUCCUUUCCGAUUCGACGAUCAUUGCUUCUCCACGGUUUGAAUUUCUUGAAGAUAUACUAUCUUUGUGCAUAAUUCGCCCCAUUAAAAUUUUGCAGUUUGUCAUCAACCUUGUAUUGUACCUUCCCUUUCAAAUUUUUGUUCUCAAGUGUUUGGAAGAUCGUAUUGUGAUCGACAUGUGAAACUAUCAGGUUAUUAAUUUGCUCAUAUAGGGUUCUCUGUUCCUAGGAAAAUUGAAACAUAUAGCUCUAAAUGUCCCAUUUAGCUAGUUUUACCACACUUCUGUAAACUUUUAAUUGUAAUACCUUGUUUACAUCAUAUGAACUCUAAAUUUUCUGCCUUGUACAA